AUGAAGCUAGUUCCAUCAACAAUAAUAUUAACACUAUCCUUAACAACACUAGUCAGCAGCAAUAUUGACAUUGAUUUUGCAUCAGUAAUCAACAAAAUUCAAUCAAUUGAUGUAAUAAAUGCCGACUCGGGAGAAUCAAAAUCAAUUCCGCUAGAUGUUAAUAUGAUUAUAUCAUUUUUUAAUCGAAGUUGUGUUAUUGAAAAAUUAGGACUUCACAGCAUCGAUCAAAGUCAGACUUAUGAAAUUCCAAACUUGAAAGAAUUUGUAAAAUCAAGUGCUAAUAAUGCAAAGAUUCUAGUUGCAAUUGAGAAUGCAGCCAGGCUUUGUACAAGAAAUGCAAAGGAUGUUGGACUUUUUCAAAUGGUUCAGAUUCGUAGCUUCUUGACAAAGUCAAUUUUUCCUCACACACGAUCUAAUCCUGAAAGAGCUACUCAAUGUUUCAAAUGGAAAAUUAGCCAAAUAAAACCAGACUCUCCAGUUCUUGAUGGUUUUGAUGUCAGUACCAUGAAAUACACAGUCGAUCAGUGUAAAGCUACAACAUCACUUGAAUUGUACACAAAAGUUGUAGAAGAACAAAGAAGUAAAUUAGAGAUUAGAUCAUGUGAUUUGGAAACAUUUGGGCACAUCACAAGAACAGCCAAAAGUAUUAUAGAAAACUUCUUAUUCCUGAAGCUAUCUAGUGCACAAAUUGUGCAGCAUGAAGCAGUAAUAAAUGUUGGAGCUAUUAAUAUUGAAGCUGAUUUGUUGGAGAGUCAACUUAAUUGUGUGAUGACGGAUUUGAAAGAUUUGGAUAUGUAA